UAUCCGUUUUGCUAUCCGUCACUUUCCUCUUUGUCAAUUUCCAUUAAUUUUAAUUCACUCACGAGUACAUUGUAAUAAUUCGCUUUAUUAUUGUAGUUUACAAUUGAACGCAAAACCCAUGUUUUAUAUUUCACUACCCUAUAAUACAUAAUUAAAAUGUAUUUGAAGCUUAUAUCGUUUGUAUUUGUAAUCAUUUGUUGCACAUUAGUGUCGGGUUCGUAUGAAGAUAAAAGAUGCAAGUGUGUGUGUCCAAGUCCAGCGGCUGUACUGAAUAACACAGUGGGUUCAGACCGGAAAUUGUACAUUGGCAAUGUACCGCCAAAUAAGUGCAAUUGUGAUGGUGUGAUUCUGCCACGUGUUGGUGAAUUGAUCAAAGGUCGUGAACAAGAGUUUUGCCCACGAUGUGAAUGCAAAUAUGAAAACAGGAAUACUACAAUCAUUAAGGUUGUUGUGAUAAUUGUUAUCUGGGUUAUCAUGCUGCUCGUGGCAUACAUGGGCUUCCUGAUCUGUCUCGAUCCUCUAAUUAACAAGAGAGCCAAAGCCUCAUACCAAGAACACACUAAUGAGGAUGAUGAAGGUACAAUCAGUGGACCAUCACAGCAAAUGGGCGCACGAGGCAAUGUGCUGAAUCGCGUCACUCACCAGCAAGAUAAAUGGAAACGUCAAGUCAGAGAACAAAGACGCAACAUUUAUGACAGGCAUACCAUGCUUAACUAGCAAGGAAUCAUUAGGGAUUGCUCCGACAAUCCUGACAGUAAUUUCAAGUAAGCUCCAAAUAUGUGUAUUAAAUGGAGCAAUUUUAAAUAACACUUCAAUUACAUUCAAUAUUAGUUUGUAGUGUACAAUUAUUUGAUAUACUAAAGCAAAUAUUAAAAGCAAUAAGAUAAAGUAUAAUUAUUCUGUCUAAAAUACAUUUAUUACACUGUAUAACAAUUUAAAUAUAUAACCUACAAGUUAUAAGAAUAGUAAUCAUUUUAGAUAUACAAUGUUUUACAUUUAGUUAUUAAAAAUGUUUAGUAAUAGCAAAAUCAAUAUAAAAAUUUUUGUUUUUCAAUAGUAAUAACUUUCAUUAUUACUGUGGUUUAGAUUAAAUGUGUAUAGAAAAAGUUUAAAUGCAAUAUUUGACUUCUGUUCUUGUAUAUUUCUGUUAUUUGUAUAUUCUGUAUAUUUUUAGAUUUGCAUUCUAAUUAAAUUCAUCCAAGUAA